GGAUUGUCGUUGCCAUCUUUGAGGUCAUGCUUACUUUGAGCCUCGUCGUUAGACCUUCCAGGUGGUAGGAUUAAAAUGCGGGUGGUGUGGAACAUUCAGAUGACGUUGACGGUCAUUUCCAAUUGUCUUUUUAGUAUCGAACCUAGCUUCAACUUUCCUUCAAUUGGCGCAAUCGUUCUUUUGUUUUCAUGUUUAUUUUAGAGGUUGUAGAAGGCUUGCUUUGAGUUUUUCUGCUAACGCUGUUUAAAAGAAAACUGUUCGACCUGGGAGGGUCCUCGCCACACCACGGCAUCAAUCAAUCAACAUUGGUACAUGCAGUUUGAGAUUCUCUUUGAUGUACUAUUAGGAGCUCCAUCGGCAUUUGUAGGUGUGGAAAAUUCACUAAAUUUAAUUCGAAUAGCUUAAGGACAGCAGUGGCUAUCAACCAUGGAAGCCGAGAAUAAACCAGUCCUAGUGGACAAAACCACCAAUGGCAUUGCUAUUAUCACUCUCAACAGGCCGCAUGCACUCAACGCCCUCACGCCUGAUAUGCUUGUAAAGCUGGCAUUCACUUUCACUCGAUUGGAUGAAGACCCAACUGUCAAAGUGAUCAUUCUCACAGGCGCUGGGAGAGCUUUCUCUGCUGGAGUGGAUUUAACAGCAGCUUCAGAUGUUUUCAAGGGUGAUUUCGAGAUCGAGGCCACCGACACUUUGGUUCAAAUGCAAAAGUGUCGGAAGCCCAUAAUUGGUGCCAUAAACGGCUACUGCAUUACAGCUGGCUUCGAAAUUGCGCUUGCAUGUGAUGUUUUGGUUGCCAGUACUGCUACAAAAUUCAUCGACACUCAUGCCAAAUUUGGAAUAUUUCCAUCAUGGGGGUUGUCACAGAGAUUGCAACGCACAGUAGGUCCCUACCGAGCACGGGAAGUUUCGUUAACGGCCACGCCUGUAGAAGCACACACAGCGGAGAGAUGGGGACUAGUGAACCGUGUGGUUGCUCCCUCGGAGCUCAUGCGGACAGCGAUAACUAUUGCAGAAGCCAUUCUCAAGAACAAUGAAGGCCUUGUGGUGAAAUAUAAGACCGUCAUCAAUGACGGCUUCAAACUUCCUCUUGGAGAAGCACUGAAGCUCGAGCAGAAACGGGGACAUGAGUACUAUGCCAACAUGAAGCCGGAGGACUUUGCUGCAAUGCAGGAAUUCAUUGCAGGACGAUCUUCAAAUCAAUCGACGCCGAAAUCCAAGCUCUAGUAGAUCUGGAGUAGACGCUUGCAAAAAGUGAACAUUGUCAAAGUCAGAGGUGAUACGUAAGUCAUGAAUAGAAGGCCUCAACAAAACUGUAGAUAUAUGCUUCAACUCAAGCGGCUGUGAAAUAGAUCACCAAGUUUCUGGUUAUGCACACAUAGAGAGCUUACUGUCAAACUGAAAUUCUGCUUCCAUGUGAGAAACUGAGAGGUGGUUGUUUGGAUAAUGGUUGACAUCAUCAGAUGAUGUUGAGAAGGAAAAUCCUGCUACCAAGCACUGGGUUUUUAUUA